CCAGUUCACCCAUGCAGACUCUUCUCCCAGCUCGCCAAUCAUUACCGAGUUUCCCCACUCUUUCUCUCGCCCCGUCUUUACAUGUGCACCGGACACGCAUCUCUCUCCUGGGCGGACACUGCAGGGGAAGAAACGAACGAAUCCACCAUGGAGUAGGAAUAUCACUGGACAAAACGGGGGGAAAAACCUCUCUCAUCAUCUUUUUCCCCUUUACUCACGCCUUAUUCUCUCUCUCGCAUCUCCCCCUCUCUCAAUGUCUCUCAACAGUUUCUGAAGGCACUGAAGGAAAGAAAUAUGAGGAUUAAUAUUUUUUCUUGGCACUUUCUCGGAGUGUAUUCCGCCCUUUGGGGGCUGGCGGCGGGGGCUUUCCCCAGCUCAGUGCAGAUAGGUGGGUUGUUCAUUAGGAAUACUGAUCAGGAGUAUACAGCGUUUCGACUAGCUAUCUUCCUUCACAACACCAGCCCUAAUGCUACGGAAGCUCCCUUUAACCUGGUCCCACACGUUGACAACAUAGAGACCGCCAACAGUUUUGCCGUCACCAACGCAUUCUGUUCUCAGUAUUCAAGGGGGGUCUUCGCCAUAUUCGGCCUUUACGACAAACGCUCCGUAAACACACUGACAUCAUUCUGUGGUGCCCUGCACAUCAGCCUAGUGACACCCAGCUUCCCUACAGAAGGAGAGGGCCAGUUCACCCUGCAGCUCCGGCCAUCCAUCAGAGGGGCUUUGCUGUCACUGCUGGACCACUACGACUGGAACCGAUUUGUCUUCCUCUACGACACAGACAGAGGUUAUGCAAUACUGCAGGCAAUUAUGGAGAGAGCAGGUCAGGACGGAUGGCAGGUCAGUGCAAUCUGUGUGGAGAGUUUCAACGAGGCAGCAUAUCGCCGACUCUUAGAGGACCUGGAUCGACGCCAGGAGAAGAAAUACGUCAUUGACUUGGAGCCUGAGAGACUACAAAGCAUCUUAGAACAGGCUGUCAGUGUGGGGAAACAUAUAAAAGGUUACCAUUACAUCAUAGCAAACCUGGGUUUCAAGGACAUAUCACUGGAGAGGUUCAUGCACGGCGGGGCUAAUGUGACUGGAUUCCAGUUGGUGGACUUCAGCAAGCCUAUUGUCAUAAAACUGAUGCAGCGCUGGAACAAACUGGAUCAGAGAGAAUACCCUGGAUCUGAAAGUGCACCUAAGUAUACCUCCUCUCUCACAUACGACGGCGUCCUUGUGAUGGCCGAGGCCUUCCGCACCCUUCGCCGUCAGAAAAUCGAUAUCAGUCGUCGUGGCAACGCUGGUGACUGCCUGGCCAAUCCAGCUGCUCCCUGGAACCAAGGAAUAGAUAUGGAGCGCGCACUCAAACAGGUGCACAUUCAGGGCCUGACAGGGAACAUUCAGUUUGAUCACUACGGUCGCAGGAUCAACUAUACCAUGGACGUGUUUGAACUGAAGAGCAAUGGACCACGCAAGAUUGGCUACUGGAAUGACAUAGACAAACUUGUUCUGGUCCAGAAUGAAAAUGCUCUUUCCAAUGACAGCUCAGCAAUGGAGAACCGGACUGUAGUCGUGACCACCAUCAUGGAAGGUCCAUAUGUAAUGCUGAAAAAGAACUGGGAGCUUUAUGAAGGCAAUGAGCAGUUUGAAGGAUACUGCGUGGACUUGGCCUCAGAAAUCGCCAAACACAUUGGAAUCAAAUACAAGAUCUCCAUCGUGCCGGAUGGGAAAUAUGGAGCCAGAGAUACAGAGACGAAGAUAUGGAACGGCAUGGUCGGAGAGCUUGUGUAUGGGAAAGCAGAAAUUGCAGUGGCCCCACUGACCAUCACUCUGGUGAGAGAGGAGGUCAUCGAUUUCUCGAAGCCCUUCAUGUCUCUGGGUAUUUCCAUCAUGAUCAAGAAGCCUCAGAAAUCUAAACCAGGUGUUUUCUCUUUCCUGGACCCACUGGCCUACGAGAUCUGGAUGUGCAUAGUGUUCGCUUACAUUGGAGUCAGUGUUGUGCUGUUUUUGGUGAGUCGCUUCAGUCCAUACGAGUGGCAUGCAGAGGAACCAGAGGAGGGUGCCGCGGAGCAGGGCCCUACUGAUCAACCACCCAAUGAGUUUGGCAUCUUCAACUCCCUCUGGUUCUCACUGGGAGCUUUCAUGCAGCAGGGCUGUGACAUCUCACCACGGUCUUUGUCUGGACGUAUUGUAGGAGGUGUGUGGUGGUUCUUCACCCUUAUCAUCAUCUCCUCUUACACAGCCAACCUGGCUGCCUUCCUCACUGUGGAGAGGAUGGUCUCCCCCAUAGAGAGUGCAGAGGAUUUAGCCAAACAGACAGAGAUAGCCUAUGGGACACUGGACGCGGGCUCUACUAAGGAGUUCUUCAAGAGGUCCAAAAUCGCUGUUUAUGAGAAGAUGUGGUCAUAUAUGAAGUCUGCUGAGCCCACUGUCUUCACUAAAACCACAGCAGAGGGUGUGGCCAGGGUUCGCAAGUCCAAGGGGAAGUACGCCUUCCUCCUGGAGUCCACCAUGAAUGAAUACACGGAGCAGCGCAAGCCUUGUGAUACCAUGAAAGUCGGCGGGAACCUGGACUCCAAAGGAUAUGGCAUUGCUACACCAAAAGGCUCACAGUUAAGAAAUGCGGUCAACCUGGCCGUACUAAAACUCAACGAGCAGGGCCUGUUGGACAAAUUGAAAAACAAGUGGUGGUAUGACAAAGGAGAAUGUGGCAGCGGGGGAGGGGAUUCCAAGGACAAGUCGUCCCAGGCACUGAGCCUGUCCAAUGUGGCCGGGGUCUUCUACAUCCUUGUGGCCCUAGCCCCCCCCCACCGCCCCAGCCCCUCCCCCGGCACCAAGAAUCUAGCCACUUAUAGGGAGGGGUACAACGUGUACGGCUCCGAGGGGGUCAAGAUAUAGGGCUGUCGUUUUCUGAAGCCAUGCAGAACAAGGCCCGUCUGUCCAUCACAGGAAGUGUUGGGGAGAAUGGUCGCGUCCUGACGCCAGACUGCCCCAAAGCCGUGCAUGCUGGCCACGCCUCCCUCCGACACCCCGGCCUUGCAGUGGUCUCCUCUGGACUGCCCUGAAAACCAAAAACACCUGCUGUGCCUUAAUGACACACAAACAUACAGACUUUGACAAGGACACACACGCACGCCCACAUGUGCUUCCAUACAGUCAUACCAUAUCAAGCUCACAAACAUGCUUAGAGUCACAGAAACUCAAAUACAAAUGCUGAGAUACAAAGACACUGAACACACAUUUUUACACACUUAAACACACAACCACGCACUCUGCAUCAUCAUCUCACUUUCCUGCUGCCAUUGACUUAUUUUACAAGAGACAAUUGUAAUACAACUGUGGAGUUAACAAAAAAAAAAAGGCAACGGCAACAACAACAGACAACUAUCAUAUGGGGCAGGACAGCUGUCAAUAUGUGUGCGUAUUAGUUUAUGGUUGUGCAUAAAUGAAUAAUAAGUUGUACACAAAAUUGUUUUGUAAACUCUUGUAUAAGUCAAAUUAUAUAUAAAAAAUAUGUAGUGAGUAUUUUGUCUGUGAGAAUACACUUUAAAAAGUUACAACUUCAGGAGAUAACAAAUACGAAGUCAAAGCUUAAGUUUUAUCUUUCCUCAAUAUGAAUUUACAACAGUGACCUGACUGUCAGAAAUAUGUCACGAGGUCACAGGCAUAAUGCAUUGAGCAGAAGAUGCAUCAAUUCCACAAACUGUGCAUGCGUUCAACAUUUGACUUCAUUCUUGACUCUUGAAGCCUGAUGGACAUGCUUUAACAAAUAUGAAAUGAUACUUUAGGUUAGAUUUAAUAGAUAUGGGCGAGUUAUAUUAAAAUUUGGUUUGUUUUAUUGAUUAUCAGUGAUUAUUAUGACCUAGUUUGGGCUCUGCAGUGGAAAUGCCGAGCUAUGCAGUCAGCUAGCUAGCUGAUGCCCCACUAACACUUAGUCCACCUGCUGCCCGGUCUCAAAGUAUUACAUUACAGCAGCAUUCACUGUACCAGGGUUCGAAAACAUGCUAAAUCCCCAGACGUUGACGGAUAGUUUGAGAGCCGGCUGCAAGAUGUGCAUCUGCUCCAUGCUGAUACAGUGAGCCCACAGUAAAGGUAAGUUAGCCAGUUAGCUCUUAGCAGGCUGCUGCCUAUUCAGCUUUAGGGACUGAAUCUCGUCACAAUUUUUGUCAACAAUUUAGUUUUUCCCACAGUAUGUGUCAGUCAUUUUUGUCAUUACAGUAGUGGAAAAACAGCUGCCACAAGGCCUGUGUUCAUCUAAAACUGUGGAUUUACUGCAUGUUGUCAAUAAAGCUACCAGGCACCUAACGGGUUUCAAUUAGCAACAGGCUGCAGCAAACUGAGAUACUUUGUUUUAAUGUUGUAUUAAGGCCAUAUGUACAUGAUUAUAUGCAGAAUUACUUUAUGCACUUGUUUGUUUUUAUGAUAUAUUUUGCCAUUUGACAUACUUGUUUGUCUGUCUCAGGUCUGUUGGACAUGAAGCCUUUCAAAUGUCAGCACUGAAGAUACACAAACAUACUUACUACAUAUUUUACAUAUGAUUUGAGUUGUACAAGAGUUUACAAAAACACAUUUUUGUGUACAGCUAAUUAUUUUAUGCACAACCAUAGACUAACACGCAUGCAUAUUAUUGACAGCUGUCUUACCUCAUACUAUUACACUUGCCUGCAGCAUUCAUUUUUGUUAUUUUUGGGAGGAGACCAUCCCUAUAUCAACAAAGCAACAGGAAAGCCAGCACAGACUUACAUGAAAUGAAACUGUGAGCUGUGAACAUGACCACAAAACUGAUCAUGAUGAUGAUGGUGAUAAAGAUGAUGACCACAGUUAAUGUUUAAAAAAAACAACAACUAAACAACUGUGUUCCUGAUGUCUUCACUGGACAAUGUUAGCCAAAAAGCCACACCCCUGGACAACGCCUUAUUCAGAGAACAGACAUUGUUUUCAUCAUCAUCAUCAUCAUCAUGAUCAUCUUAACUUGCCUGCAAAGACUGAGUGCCAGGUAUUAUCACCAUUAGAAGACCAGAAAACUGUAAGCUUGAACGUUCAGACUGUGCAAACUUGCUACUUUGCCAUGGACUGUUCGAAAUGAAUGAAAAUGCUUUCUUACUACGCAUAUACGUAGAAUGAUUUCUCGCCCCAAAUCAGCGAGCUAAUCAGCCAAUUUAGGACAGAAGCAACCUCAAGAAACAUCAGUAUGGCUGAUCUCAGCCAUAUAAUUCACAGCAGUUUGUAAUAGAAAAAAAUAAACAGUAGUGAUUAAUACAUUUCUCCAUCAACAGCAUUGCCAUGAUAGUAGAAAUGCUAAAUAGCAAGGUGAUGAUUCCUUUUGCCAAAUGGAAGAAUUGAGGUUUAAGAUGAAUAUUCAAUGAUGAAAAGAAGAAAUAAAACACAUGGGCAGAUCUCAAAUGGCUACCUAACAGAGUGCUUCUCAACCUGACGUUCAGACAAGUUUGAAUUAUUGUUUAACAUGUUUGGGGUUAAACCUUUUGAUUAUGGAAACAAAUUCAAUCUCUAUAUCCUUUUUAAAAACUAAUCAGUAAGUAUCCAGACAGAUUUUUUUCAUCUUAUUUUAUUUUUGUUUGCAUGUUUGCCAACAGUGGGAUAUCUAGUAGUCAAUCUUUUUUUUCCUAAGGGCCAUAAAAAGGUUGAGAAUCACUUUGCUGUGCUGUGUGGACUUCAUUUGACUUGAAUUAAAGAGCUACAGGUCAAAUUUAAAAUUUCUCUCAAAUUCUAUAGACUGACUCUAAUGGUCAGUUUUGUUGUCAUUUGAGAUCCUCAGUCUUUUCCAGUGGCCAAUCAAAAUGUACCAUAUCAGAAAGCUUGCUUUUUAAAACUGUUGUAAAUAACUGUGUAGCAAAACAGAACUCACCUGUCUUUUUUAAUCAUCUUAGGUAAUUCAUUGCAA